AUGCAAGCGCUCAUCCAGAAACAAAUGGAAAAUGCCAUCGCGCUGAGAAAACCAGCCUCAUCGCUUCCAUGGCGACCCGACGAACCCUGCAAGCAACCAUUUUACAGGUGGAGCAGCAACGCGGAUGAAUGGCAGCCACUUCAAACAUCUAAACCCUCACCAGACCGACCCAAAGCCACCAAAUUAGCUAUUUACAGUUGGAACAUCGAUUUUAUGCUCCCUCAUGGCGACAGCCGGAUGAACUCAGCCCUGAAGCACCUUGAAGAGCUAAGUCGCCAGCACCGGUCUGAUGACAAGACAGCUGUUGUCAUUAACAUUCAGGAAUGCGUACCAUCUGAUUUAGAUCUCAUUGGCGACAAGAAUUGGAUUCGGGAUGACUUCUAUCGGACAGAUAUUAAUACUGAGAACUGGGCUUCGGGCGCUUAUGGUACAACGACACUGGUUGAUCGCCGACUUGAUAUCCUGUCCUGCUUUCGAGUGCAUUACUCAGCGACUCGGAUGGAGCGCGACGCCCUCUUCGUUGAUGUAAAAGCAUCUGGUCAGAAGCUUCGACUUUGCAACACUCACCUCGAAUCACUUGCACUGGAGCCACCACGUCGCCCGGCCCAAAUGCAGCUCAUCGCUUCACAUAUGCACGCCGACAACGUCUCCGGCGCUGUCGUGACCGGUGACUUCAACGCCAUUCAACCAUUCGACAGAACUCUCCACACAGACAACAAGCUUGAAGACGCAUACCUCAAACUCGGUGGCACAGAAGGCGACGGUAGGGAUGAUAACGAAGGGUAUACAUGGGGACAGCAGGCUCUACCAGAGCUACGACAGCUAUUUGGAUGCUCACGCAUGGAUAAGGUAUUCUUCUGUGGUGAUGGACUUGAGCUAUUGGAGUUCGAGAGGUUUGGUGCUGAUGUUGAGCCGGAUGAGUCGGAGGAGGAUGUCCGGAAGGAUCUGCUCUCGCUUGGCUUUGAGAAGCCGUGGGUUACUGAUCAUCUUGGUGUCAAGGCCGUUUUUGAGAUCAGGCAUUGA